UUGACCGGUGGGAAUGUCGAAUCGAUAGAGACAAAGGGCGGCAUUAAUCUCGACCAGCUGUGACACCAGCCAAAGCAAGCAUGACACCACCAAACCAAUGGACAAAAAUUCUAGUCAAAUCCACCUUUUCACCUGAUGGAAGACAGACGAAAGGGAGAGGGGCGACAAGAGAGGAAAAGAAAAAUAGAGGGAACAGGAAAAAAAGAAAACGGGAGAGAACCAGGGAAUCCGACCUGGUAUCAAGACGGGAAGAUAAAAAGAGAACCCGGUAGAGAUGAGGUUCAAGAAAAGGAUCAACUUGGUAGAGAAGAAGAGAAACCAGACGGAAGAAAGAAAGAGAAGAGAGAAAAAAAAAACAAGUGCCUGAAUGAAAAGCGAACGUUUCACAAGCACUUCUCAGGCAGGAAGAAAAAAGAGAAGAAGAAAAUGAAGGACAGUGUUGAGAAGGAUAGAGAAAAGAGGAAAGAAGAGGGAAGAGGGAAAGGGGAUGAGGGUUGUAUUUGAAUUCAACGAUGGAAACGACAAAAUCAAGUCAAAUAGAAUCAAACCAAAGAAAGAGAAGAAGAUGAAGUCUUUCGAUCGCAAUUCCAGCGUCAACGAUCGAUAAGCCCGGAAGGUUGAAUGGGCUGGGAACUAUCGCCCGUAUUUUUCAUUACAGCCAUGUGACCAAAC